CUUUGUCUAAACCCCUUCAGGCCUUUUUCUGCCCACAGCUCCACCAGCUCCCGUGCAGUCGGCUCCGAUCAGUGCCAAUUGUUGCCGGCAUCAUCGACUUUAGCUUUUGACUCCUCUCAGAAAUCAAGAAGAACACCUUUCGCGCACGACGACAACAUCGACGACCGCCACGACUUCAAAGUAUCCGCACAAUCAAUACUGAGGACACUGUAUUGGGCUUUAUCGAACGAAGGUGACCGUCGAUGUCCGGCACCUGGGACAGUCUUUCGCAUUCUGACGAGGACCUCGCCACAAGCUUUCACAAGGACAGUUUUGGAGGGCAGGGACAUGAUAGAACACAUGGAGACAAUCCGAUCCCAGGAGAAUCCUCAACAAUAGCCAUGUCUGGCGACAAUGAAGACGUCGAUAUCGGUAUCACGGCCGGGCAGAAAAUGCUAUCGGCCAUGUCUGGAAGUUUGUUGACUUCAUUGUUGGUAACGCCUCUUGAUGUCGUUCGAGUCCGGUUGCAAUCCCAACCUACUACCCCAUCCCCUCUCACUACAAUCUCGAAGCUCGCCGCAUCCUCGCCUCGGUCAUUCAGUACAAUGCCGCCGAAUUUAGGGGUAACUGCAUGCUGUCGCGAGGUUUUCUUUGCUACCAACAAUGUCGAGUACUGCAUGGCAGCACCGAGGAUUGGGGAGAUUGGAGCAGAAUGCGCGGUCGAAGAAACACAAAAGCGAUCUUACAACUCAACAUUCGACGGACUUCGGAAGAUUGCACGAAAUGAAGGAGUGAGCUCUUUGUGGCGGGGACUGUCACCAACGCUUGUCAUGACAGUACCGGCGAACAUUAUCUACUUUACUGGAUACGACUGGUUACGAUUCAACAAUAGGAGUCCGAUCAAUCGAUAUUUCUCCGAUACAUAUGCGCCUCUCAUUUCUGGAGCUACGGCAAGAAUAGUUGCUGCAACAGCAGUUGGGCCGAUUGAAAUGUUCAGAACGAGACUACAGGCAAGCCGAUCCACGGGAGGAGCACAUUUUGCGGAGACUGUGCAAGGGAUGGGAGAGAUGAUUGCUGCGCAUGGAUAUACAUCUUUGUGGAGAGGUCUGACCCUAACGAUGUGGAGAGACGUACCAUUCUCGGGGAUAUACUGGCUGGGAUAUGAGAGCAUCCGAGGAUUACUGACAGAAGCAAGAGAGAAAGGACGAGGUCGGUCUCUUUCAACAGAAGGAUCGAGGGCAAGAGCGAGAAGUAGAUCCCAGAGUCGAGAGAACCAUUACAACACAUUCCUGGACAGCUUCAUCGCAGGUGCUUCUUCAGGAGCAGUUGCGUCAAUUCUAACUAUGCCAUUCGAUGUCGGCAAGACGAGGAGACAAGUUUUCGCACCGGCUCAAUCUAGCGGUGUUGAGAAAGCUUUGGCACCAGAGGAACGAUCGAUGCCCAGAUUCCUCUGGCAUAUUUUCCGAGAAGAAGGGAUGGCAGGAUUAUGGCGUGGAUGGAUCCCUCGAACAUUGAAGAUUGCACCGUCGUGUGCUAUUAUGAUCAGCUGUUAUGAGGUUGGAAAGCGAGCUUUCCGAAGCGUGAAUGAGAGAGCGGAGCGAAAGAAAACGGCUGUGUAAAAUACGAUACCACUCCUAUUCUGGAUUUGAUUUUGAGGGCGUACGAAAAGAACGGCUUGGGGUAAGCUUGUUGCACUUGAGCAUAGCGGAUUUGGCGUUUUGAUGGCAGAUGGCUGCUUUGUACAUUACGUAGAACUCAUAAUAUCUAUUACAACUUCACAAACAAUGAGACCCCCGAAAAAUGUAGCGUCUCGAAAUCCCGAACGACAUGUAAAAAGCAAGUAUCUUGAUUUCAUCAAGUUUGCACUAUAAGCCACCCCACGGAAUUGAAU